ACAACUUCCGGUUGCAAGUUUUAUAGACGAUAAGCCUGGUGUUUAUCACAUAAACGUGGGCUAGUUACCAAUAUUUAAUUAAAGUUUUAUUAUUAGAUCUUAUAGAACUAUAAGCAUAAUCUGUUCAGUUCACUUUUUCUUCAAUAUAAAGUAAAUCUAAAUGGAUAAUACAUUUUUUAAUCCGUUUGCAGACACUGGCGAAGGAGUUGGAGGGGCACCUGGCAUCCAGGGUUCUCUUAUUCACAUUCGAAUCCAGCAGAGAAACGGACGAAAGACGUUGACAACAGUGCAAGGUGUUGACCCUAAAUAUGAUUUUAAAAAGAUCGUCAAAGCAGCCAAAAAGGAGUUUGCAUGUAACGGCACUGUAGUGGAACAUCCCGAGUAUGGCGAGGUCAUACAGCUUCAGGGUGAUCAGAGAGAGCACAUCCGCAGUUUGCUCAUCAAAGUUGGCAUCGCCACGAACGAACAGAUUAAAGUUCAUGGUUUCUAAGCUGGAUGUGAUGUUUGUAUGUCUUGUGUAGAGCUGAGAGUAACUUCAGAUAUCUAGGAAUGGACACUAGGAAAUGUUACUAUCACAAUAUGUAUAUAGAUGUCAUUUGAAUGAUACAUUAUGUAUCUACACAUAUAUAUGUAUACUAUGUUGCUGAAUGGUGUGUGUAUUUUAAGGGAUGUUUUUGUUUUCGGGUGUCUCUGUCAACAUUGCUAUCUGCGCAUGUAUCUGAUAUAAAAAAAAAAUUUCACAUUUCUGUUUGGUCAACAUACUCAAGUCUGCUCAUUUUUGCAGAUUUUAAAAGUCUGGCUAUUUUUUAUUAGGUUUAGGGUUUUCGGAGUAUUUCUUUUUAAAAAGGAUCCACUUUUCUUGUUCUGUAUGUAAUGUUUUGAAAACAUUGUAAUCAAAAAAGUCAAUAUACGACGGGUGAAGAGAUGUCUGUCCAUGUGCUAUCAUCUGUGACAUCAUUUAGUCUGGGGGUGGGUGGAGUACUUCAUUUGGUUUAUUGGUUGACUGUUCAACGGUUUCAAUUAAACAAUGCAACCCUG